UCUGUCCAUCUCUGUGCCAGAGCUCAGUGGAAGUGUUUCUCGUCACUGCAGAGGCAGCUACAUUCUCUUCUUCAGGAUGUCGGGCCUUCUGACCAGCUCUGUUCUUCUCAUCUUCUCCCUAAUGCUGUUCCAGAUCCACAUACUAGAGGCAAAGCCUCUCACCGCCAUGCAUGGGGGUGGUCGCAACUUCGACAUCCAGGCUGGUGGAGUACGUCUUCGAAGAGAUCUCCGCGAUUCAGUACCUUACGAAGCCCAGAUGAUGUCAUACCCUGGAGCUGACUUCAAGGUUCGGAGCAAUGAUCUGUACUACCAACCAGAGGCCAUGAGAUCUCAAGGUCUCGGACAAGCCCUCCAGAGAUUGAUGGAAAAUGACCAGAGGCGGGAACAGGAAGCCGCUUAUCUUGCUUCAUUGAUGCGUCUCCUUAACGAGGCCCAGAAUAACGGGCAGGAGGAUGAAGGGGAUUUCCAGGGACCAUACCCUGCGGACUAUGAUGAGACCGAGGAGGCCAUAAGCAUGGCUAAGCCCCAGGCAUCAUGGCAAGGCCUUCUGGAUCCUCAGCUUACUCAGACCCUACUCAACCGCUACAAGCAGGAGAGAAUGAUGCAGGCUGGAAUUGCUCCGACCGGCAACAGGAUUCCUGAAAGAGAGCAGGAUAAAGAUCAAGAGAUGCUUAGGUACCUCGUUGAGAAAAUCCUCUCCAGUUUGGCAUCGGGUGGAAACCAGGCAGGCCCUUCAAACCAGCGUGCUAAACGAGACCUGGGUGCCGUUUCCAGCAUGGAGAGAACCGGAGGCUCCGUACUAAAACGAGCUCGGCGCUUCCUGGACUCCGUCCCCGUAUCCUCCCCCCAGGCCGAGGCCUCGCUCUUGAGGGUGAAAAGGCUUGACGAUGACCUCGAUGAUGAAGGGGUCAUAGUGCAGAGCAACAGAACGCCACACGUCGGACUACAGAGGAUGAAACGCAUAGACACUGACCUGCCGCCCCCUAAAAAACCCAACCGCAUACGCAGAGCGCUGACCUAUGACCCCAAUCUGAUAGCACAGCACAUUCUGCAGUACAUACCAGCCUAAAGAGUGCAAGUGAAAAAGAAGGGGAAAUGUGGGGUAGAAAUGGGGGAAAUAUAAAUAAACACACAUAGACAGAAAGAGAGUUUCAAAUGGGGACUGCCAAAUUUCACUUGUUCAAUGAUAUGUCAGCACUCAUUGUCAUCUGCCUACGUCUAAUCAGUUUUGAUGUUAUACUAUAAUGAAUUCCACACACACACGGUAGCUUAUCUAAUAUGCUUAUUGUGUUCUUGCAGCAUAUUGUUCAAGCAUAUUCUUACCUUAUUAGAUAAUUAAUUGGAUGAUUUAAAUUAUUAAAUUAGAUGUUGCUGUAUUUGUCGCAAUCAACAGGAAUAAGGUCACACUAACCUUUACAUCACGGUGGGUACAUAUUCUUCACUCUGUUGUGAUCAUGAGCUAUAAAUAAAACAAAUUGGGGGGGACUAUGCAGUAGGUAACUCUAGAACUGAUAAGCUCCGAACAUUGGUCCUUGAAAAACCAAACCACAGAUCGGCCAAGGUCAUGCAAGAGUGCAUUUAGGAAAUAUGAGGAACAUUUCUCCCCCUGCAGUCACGUUUCAUGAGCUCCAUCUGGCUUCCACAGUGGCCCCAAAAAGUAUUUGGACACAUAAGUCGUACUUAAAAAUGUAUGAAUGUCAUUUCUUUAGAUACAAAAGAAUCAAAGCUCAUUUGUCAAGUAAAUCAUUUUACAAAAAGAAGUUUGUUAGGUCUUAAAGUUUUAAAACAAUCGAUGUAGUGUUCAAAAGUUUCAACACUUUGUGUUUGUCAAACAUCAGUUAAACAUGUUCAUAGUUUUGCAAGACCUUUCGACAUUUAACAUACAGAAUUCUUUAUUCGAUAGUAAAAAUGCUAAUUCUUGAUAUUAGUAAAUACAUUAGAAUUAGUAAAAAUGUAAUUCUUGAUAUAAAAAAAUGAUCUCAUUACUCACAGAAAUGCAUAUUAUUAAACUAGUAAUAAGAUAUUUACUGAUAUCUGUACCUGCACUUUCACUUGUAGAAUUUCAGUUAUCUGACAUUCACUCCUGCACAAAAUGCAAUUACAGAUAUCUAUAAUUAAUUUCUUACUUGUUGAAAUUUCACAUAUCAGCUGUGCUUUUCUUACUAAUAUAUAUAUAUAUAUAUUUUUUCAAUAUCAAUAAUUACAGUUACUUGUAAAAAAUAUCCAUUCUUGGUGUCUAAAAUGGAAUAAAAACUAGUGAAAAUAAAAAUAAAAAAUUGAAUCUGUAAAUGUAUUUUAACAUGUUUGAUUUGGUAUUUUAGAUAUCUGGGAAUAAAUUUGACAUAUCAAUAAAUUGAAGAGUUAUUAGAGAUAUCUUAAAAUACUUUCUUUCUAGUUACAGUAACAUAGCAGCUAGUGAAAAUCAACUUCAAAAUGAGCAUUUUGAGUUUUUAGUUGUUGAUAUCGGGAAUGGAAAUUUGCUCUAGAAACAAUGAAAUAAUUGAUUGCAUAAAUUACCAUUUUAAUAGCAAGUAGUAUAUUGGUGAUUUGUGAAACUGAAAUUUCAAGAAGAAAAUAUUAUAUAAAAUAUUAUAGAUAUCUGUAAUUGUGUAUUGAACAGGAGUGACAGAUGAGUGUGAAUUUUUACUAAAGAAACUGCAGUUACAGAUAUAAAACAUUAUGCUUUUUAAUAGUUGAAAUUUCAUUUUUGAUAUUGGCUUAUGAUGGAUAACCUAAACCCGUGGUUACCCUGUUCGGACGCUUGUGUAAACGAACUUUAUACAUCCACUAAAAAUACAAAAUCAAUGUUUUGAGGCCACUCUAUGUGAACUUCACAGCUUUUGUUUUUCAUUAGUUCCCAAAGAAAAUAAUCUAUUUGGGAACAAAUGAUUGAGAAACAACUUUCUGAAAUGCAUUUCUUUAUUCCAACAUUAUUGCUGUACUUAUUAUUAUUAUUGCAUUAAAUAAUUGAUACAUUCAGAACUGUUAGAUGACCGUUUCAAAUGGCACAAGACAUCAGAACAGCUUAUCGAACAAUAAGCAGCACUAUAUACUGUUAACUUUAUAAGAGCCAAUUAUCAUUUUUAAAUUGAGUUUCCGAUCUUCUCUUUUCUCUGAUUGGUGGUCUAAAAUUGUGUGUCAUCUCAGUAAUGAGUGUCUUAUCCAUGCUCAAUGGAUUGUGUUUUUUCCCUCUUGGUUUAGCCAAUGAAACAUGAUAUCUGAAUGUCUAACUGAUCUCUUUCUCCCAACGUUCUCCCCUUUGGGGUUGUAAUCUGACUACUAUUAAUUUGUGAAGGAAAUUGUUACUCUGAGUAUAUAAACGCUUUUUCCAUAUUUAUGCAAUCAUAAAAGCUUGUACAAAAAUACUUGAAUCUGUACAGCAAGUUUUGUCAAGCAACAAAAUCCCUGUAAGUGCUAAUAAAGUGAAUGUGAA